CCCGCCUCAGCCUCCGCCGCCGAACGAAAAGAGGAAGGCGGUACGGAUCCAAACCCUAAAAACUCCGUCCUCGCCUCCGGGAAGGUCAUCGCAUCCGCCGACGAAAGAGAUUCCAACGACGGCGACAAUGCCGAUGGUGAUCACAUCACCACGCCCAAGGCUGUGGAGAUUAUGAGGAGGAGGCUGAAGGAGAUCGAGGAGGCGGCCGUGGCUAUCCGCAAGAUCCUGCCCAAGCUGGAGAAGGAGAUGGCUGAUGUUGUUCCUGUGGGAAAUCCUUCUAGCGAUUCUGACACCCAAACUACACAAGAGGAGGUUGAUUCCCGCUCCAUUUUUGUUGGCAACGUAGACUACUACUGCACUCUGGAAGAAAUCCAACAGCAUUUCCACUCAUGUGGAACUGUGAACAGAAUAACAAUUCUGAUUGAUGAAUUUGGUCAACCCAAAGGAUUUGCAUAUGUGGAGUUUCUGGAACUUGAUGCUGUUCAGAAUGCUCUCUUGCUGAAUGAGUCGGAGCUGCAUGGUCGUAAGCUUAAGGUAUCAGCUAAAAGGACCAACUUUCCAGGAAUGAAGCAGUAUGGGGAACAAUGGCCUCCAUAUAUGGCAUUUCGUUCCGAAAGAGCAUAUAUGCCAUCUUUUGGGUUUGGCAAGGCUCCCAGGUUCAGAAGACCAAGGCGAUUCUUCAGGCCGUACUAGUGAGAUAUAGCUCACAGUGCUGCUGACCUUCAAAUACAUCAACUUUGUAUAGACAUAUACUCUCAGUUCUGUACAGCUUACUUCAUAAACUUGCAUCACCAAGGAUGAACAGUCUGAGUCUGAGCAAGCUAAUCUUUCUUUCACUUCACCUGGCCUCCUUUGUAAAAAAAGCCUUAGAAAUUAUUCAUAUCCAAUACAAGAAGUAGAUGAAUGUUAUCUGUACACUGGAAUACUAUGACUGGUGCAAAGCUACAGCAAAGAACUUGCCCUUCUCAGCGAUGGUUCUCAGAGUGGUAACAUAGAGCUAGCUCACUGAAGCAGGGAAAGAAGUUGGUGGUUUUUUCUAUUACGUCCAAUAUUUUCAGGUACCAAUAUGAUCUCUUUAUGGAUUGAUAUAUUGUUUUCAGAUGAAUGUUGCGUCAAUCUUAAGACAUUUGACAGUGAACAUUGGAACUGUUUCUUGUGUGUUUCA